CUCCUCAACUAAACAAGGCAAUAGAAUUGCUCAAAUAGAUAUCUGAAAUGGUGUGUACAGUACAUUUUUGUGUGUGUGCACUUUUUUGUCGGGCCAUUCAUACAGCAAAAAGAAAAAAAAAAGUAAUCCACCAAUUGCUAUUUGCGCCUCGGCCUACAGCAAAAGUGCAUCACUCACACACAAUCGCUUCGAGGAGUUGUUGCCUGCGUUGCCGGCGCCAGGUCAGCAUCGCACUAACCACGGACCACGGUAGUCCAAUCCAUCCCCGUCCAAGGUCCUCGACGCCACGCGCUCGUCCUGCUCGGCGAAAUGGCGGUCAGGCACCUCCACCUCGAGAUCGCCUCCCGGACGCUGGUCCGUGCCUCGCACCCGCCGCCGGGCUUCCCCUCCGUCCUCACCGUCUCCAACCUCGACCUCGUCCUCGGUCCGUUCCCCAUCUUCCUCGUCUCAAUCUACGCCGCCCCCGCCGCCGGCCCCGACACGGUCCUCGCCGCCGUGCGCGCCACCUUGCCGUCCUACCUCUCCCACCUCUUCCCCUUCGCCGGCCGCGUCGUGCUCGACCCGGAGACCAAGAUCCCCGAGGUCGCUUGCAACAACGCCGGCGCCGAGCUCGUCGUCGCCGACGCCGCGGUGCCGCUCGCGGCCGUUGACUUCUCGGAGGUCGACCAGUCGCUGGGGCUCAUCCAGAUACCCUUCGACACGAGCCUCGCCUUGUCAGUGCAGCUGGUCCGGUUCGCGUGCGGCGGGUUCGCGCUGACGCUUGCCACCAGCCACCUCCUCGCGGACGGCCGAGCGUUCACCUUACUGCUGACCGCGCUCGCUGAGAUGAUCCGCGACGGCGGCCUCUCACGCGAGCCCCUGCUGGACCGGUCCCUGUUCAAGCCGCGGUCGCCGCCGCGGUACAGCGCGUCGCUGGACGCCGAGUUCGCCCGGUUCACGCCGGAGACCAUGAUCAACCCGCUCCUAACCGCGGCCAUCCGGCGGCGGCUGUACCGCAUCGACGCGGCCGACCUCGCGGCUCUGCAGGCCGCGGCGUCGUCUCCCGGCGGCGGGGGCCGCCGCGCGUCGCGGUUCGUGGCGCUGUGCGCGCACGUGUGGAAGCUCCUCGCGCGCGCCGUCGGCGACGCCAACCCCAGCUGCCGGAUGGCGUGGAUCGUGGACGGGCGGAAGCAGGUGGAGCCGUGGGACGGCGCGCUGGACCGCUACAUCGGGAACGUGGUGACGUACACGGCCCGCGAGGCGAGCGUGGCGGAACUGCUGCGCGCGCCGCUCCCCGAGGUGGCGGCCAUGGUGCGCGCGGCCAUCGCGGGGGUCAUGACGGCGGCGCGGUUCCAGGAGCUGGCGGACUGGAUGGAGGAGCGGAAGGCGGCGUUCAGGGAAGGCGGCAAGUGGACGGAGGCGGUGAACCUGGGUCUCGGGAGCCCCGCUCUCAUCAUCUCCGGGCUGCUCCCGUUCGCCAUCGACGGGGACCUCGGGUUCGGGAAGCCCAGCCUCGUGAUGCCGUGGAUACGCCACGGCCGCCUGGGGUCCGCGUCCGUGACGGUGGUGCCCAGCCCCAGCGGCGACGGGUCGUGGUUCUUCGGCGCCACCAGGAUGUGGCCACGGCUCAUGGAGGUGGUCGAAUCUGACCCUUUGCUGAAGCCGGCAGCGAACCUGGGGAUGGCGACGGCGGCGGGAUCCCGUCUGUGACUCUGAGCUCGCGCUGGCAGUGCCGGCCAUUCCAGUAAACCGCGAGAAUGUACGACUACUACCACAUUGCGCCAGUUGCCACAAUGUCACGCGUUCGCCCACAAUGUACGACUACUACCACUCAUCAGCUCCGACAACAAACCUGAUUAAUACAGGUUGACAGACGGCAGUACAAUCAAAUCAUAUCAUUUGACCACCACUUCACCACGGCCUCAUUUUUUACAAUUUGGUCUUUUUUUUAAGAAAGUUCACAAUUAGAUCGCUGGAAAACUUAAAUGCAGAAAUGGACCCAGGGGGUCGACGCCAUGAAACAUUUCGUCGAGGUAUCACGUCUCGACGCCAUGGAUCAUGGCGUCGAGGUCCCUGGCUGUGCCCAGCAAGGCUUCUGACGUGGAUCUGACGUGGCAGGGAGCUCGGCGCCACAGAUCACGGCGCCGAGCUCGGCGCCACAGUUCACGGUGCCGAGCUCCCUACUACAUACCGGCCGACGCCCUUCGCUACCCGUAGACGCAGUUCAUAUUUUCAUCUCCCCUCUCGGCUCUUUCUCUCCAAAAACCGAGCACGAAUUUGGAUUCAAUAUUUCGACCAUCAAAAGUUUGAUUUGUUCCAUAAAUCUUGAAGAGCCAGAAUGCCACGUCGUGGAAAAAGUAGCAAACCAAGCUAUGGCCGGACGACCGGGAGUCCGUACAUCCACAAGCCGCUUCCUAGCGGUGUUCCAGUACCUAUGUGCUUUUGUGGUGAUCCUUGCAAGGUAGAAAUUUCGGAAGACGAGGAAACCUAUCGGCAGAGGUAUUGGAUGUGUUCCAAUUUUGCCUGGGAGCCUACGCCAAAACAACGCCGCAAUAACUUUAUUACCCCUCCACCAUUGUGUGAUUUUGAGCAGUGGAUCGACACUGAGAUUAAGGAGUCCGACAAGCGGCUUCUACAAGGUCUAAAGGAGUGGGAUGCAGAGCGUGCAGAGAUAUUAGAGAAGAGACGUAGAGAGGAGGCUCAAAGAGGGAGCACAAGGAAGAGGAGGAAAGAAGACGUGUUGCUGCGGCUCGGGAGGAGAGGGAAAA